AUGGCUGAUGAUGAGGAUAAACCAAAGAGGCAUACACUCGACACGCUCUUCCACGUUUAUUGCAAUCACAAGGUAAUCCCUACGGAACUGGAUAAUGAGGUGUUUAAUAGUAUUUUGCUAUCGCAACUCGAUGCUUGGCUGGAACAGGCCAAACUGAUGCCAAUUCCCAUAACGCGGGUACAAACUGGUCUUAUCUAUAUGAGAUACAAAAAGUGGCGACUGGAAUAUGAAGAUUUUCUUGAGGUGUUGCAACAACUUUGCAGCGAUACCGAACUUAACUAUGAUGAAUUCAAGGAAACUUUAAUCGCAGCUGGUCCACCCACUGGAGGCACCGAUAUAGUCGUCGUCAAAUAGAUACUACGUGUUUUACUCCCAAAAAUUUUCCAUUUAAUUAGCAUCAAUAAUAAUAAUACAAUUUAGUUGAAAU